GGAAUCCGCUGCUGUCUGAACCCUGACCCCUCGCCACGCAAUGGGAGCGCGUGCAAGCAUUGAAGGAGCUGGAUAAGCCGGCCUUCCGAGCCAAGAAGAUGGCCGAGUACCCGACCAUCGAGGCGGACCCCGACUUGAUGCACCUAUCGACUGGUGACUCGGAUGACGAAGGGAAGAAGAAGAGCUCAGACCCCUGGAGCCAGGUCUCCCCCCAUUCACGACUGAGGGGGGGGAGAGGAGGGGGGAGUUCAGAGGGAGGGGGAGAGGGAGAGUGGAGUUCGGAGGGAGGGGGAGAGGAGACACUUGGGAAAGCGGGGGAGUGGGAGUGGGAGUGGAGAGAGGAGGGGAGAAGAGGGAGGUGGAUAGUGCUAUCCCCCUGUCUAGGUCGCUCUCUGGUUCUCGUUCCGAGGAGGAAGAGAGGAGGAGAGGAGGGCGAGAGGGGAGAGGGAAGGGAGGGAGAAGGAAGAGAUAGGGAGGGGAGGGAGAGAGAGGGUGCAGGUGAUAGGCAUUGGAGGAGGGAGGGAAGCGGAGGGACUAGUGAAAGGGGCGAGGAGGGGGGUUACAGGAGAGUCGAGGGUACCUUCAGCGACACACACCAGCAGCAAAACCUGCAGCAGCAGCAGCAGCAGCAGCAGCAGCAGCAGCAGCAGCGGGAGGCAGAGUUAGAAUCCGCCUGGCGAACACAACUGUCCCAGCUGGAGCAGCAGCAGCUGUGGCACUACCGCGACCCCCAGGGGGACCUGCAGGGGCCCUUCUCCCUGGCCCGCCUGCGCGGAUGGCUGCCCCUUAACGUGUUCCCCGCUGAUCUGCACGUGUGGCGCGCGGGGCAGGGCCAGGAGCAGGGGUUCUGCUGGCGGAUAUUGCUGCGGGGAAGGUGGACCCGUUUCUGCCGGAAAAGCAGCAGUUCUGGGCUGCUGCCGGUGGUGCUGCUGGUGCUGGUGCUGCUGGUGCGGGUGGUGGCGGCGUUGGUGGUGGUGUUCCAAGCGCGGCUGCUGCUGCUGCAGGCGCUUUUGGUGGCGGCGGCAGUGUUGGGACAGGGUUGGCAGCAGCAGGAAUUGGGGCAGCACCAGGGGCAGCAGCAUUUAGUGUGCCUAGCGGUGGGGGAGUGGGGCUUAUGGCACCUGAGGCUCCUCACGUCUCUCACGCGUCGCACAUUCCCCAGGCUCCCCAGGUUUCCCAACCGUAUGCUGGUGUGGGGCAGCAGGGCAUGCCUGUUGCCCCUGUGACUGGUCCUGGUGGGGCAACCGGGGGUCCAGGAGUGGGGGGAGGAGGGGGUGAGGGGUCAGGAUGGCAAGGGGGGGGUGAUGGAAGCGCGGGUUGGGGAGGAGGUUGGAGUGAGGGGAACAGGCAACCUUGGGGGGGAGGAGGACAGGGUCCUUCUGGGGAAGGUGCCUUCGCAGCAGGUGCUUCUGGGGUGGCUGCCCCUGCAGCAGGUGUUUCUGGCCCCGGGCCAGUGCCCCAGGUGGGAGGUUUGGGGGCGGUGGAAGUGGGGGAGGAGAGGGUGAUCGCUUUGUGUGCCGGUUCUUUGCCAGAGGGUUUUGUCGGAAUGGGUCUAGUUGCCGCUUCAAGCAUUAGAGCGAGACAUCAUGAUUUUUUAAAGAGAAUUCUUAGCGUAAUCAUAGGUUUAGGAUAACAGUGUGACAUAAGGUCAUCUUGGCGCUGGUUGAUUGAAAGUGACUAGUUUGGGAGUGUUAGAUGUAAAUUGCACUUGUGUUACAUAUAACGCUGCAGCUCGAGAUCGCAUU